AUCCGCAAUGUGUUAUUGCCAUCUUCACGAACAUCUCUGUCUGGGAUUAGAGGGAUGUUUUGCCUGCCUGUUGGCGCAGGUUGAUACCAAGACCAGCAACUCAUAAUGCAUACUCUUUGCCUCUUUCAAUUAUCUGUCUACGCUCAUUCUCAGGACGCUCAUUGCUCUUAUCUAUGACCUUCAGAGGAUGUCUACAUAUUUAAGGAGAGGUGGUUGCUUUGGGGAAGCUCUACAUCAUGGCUUUUACAAGGCACCUUUUACUGCGAAAACCCAAACACGAUGCGCCGCGAAUUCUAAUCCCACGAGGCCACUGCGCACUGCUCUCUUCUUUCCUGGACAUGGAGUACAGAGAGUCGGAAUGACGCGCCCGUGGAUUGACGGCUUCCCGCACAUUGCGAGCAGAUUCCUCGACGAGAUGGACUCCAUUCUGGGAUUCAAUCUAUCACGAAUCAUCGCCGAAGGCCCGAACUCGGAGUUGAAUAAGACCGAGAACUCACAGCCUGCCAUAAUGGCAACGUCCGUGUUAAUCCUCCGCAUACUAGAAUCGAAAUUCGCCUUUGAUACAAAGGCACGGGUGGAUGUAACGCUUGGGCAUAGUUUGGGGGAAUUCUCCGCGUUGGUAGCAGGAGGGUAUAUCCGCUUCAGUGAUGCUUUGAAAUUGGUUCGGCGCCGAGCUGAAAUCAUGUCUCAGUGUACAAAACAGGCUGCUAGUGAAAGCGGCGAAGAUUAUGGAAUGAUCGCACUGGUGUGCGAACCAGAGCACAUGGAUGGACUGCUGAAUACUAUUAACGAAUUCUUGAACCCUUCACCAUCUGACUUUCACGACGAUUCCUCGAAUUUCGGCUUGCCGCCAAUCCAACAAGUGGUCAUCGCAAAUAUCAACUCCAAAAACCAAAUAGUUCUCAGUGGCAGCAUUGAGAAAAUCAGGACUCUUCUGAUCCAACUACGCCAGUUUAGCGGUCAUGAUCCCCGCGCAGUGAGAUUGAAAAGCGAAAGUCCAUUUCACAAUCCUAUAAUGGCACCAGCCGCAGAUUACAUGAGGAGCGCCCUGCGCGAAAUUCCCAUCACUUUCCCCGCGGAUAUACCCUGUGUGUCCAAUAUAUCGGGGCGCCCAUUUGCUUCAAAAGACAGACUACGGGAAUUGCUGUCCCAACAAUGUGUUGAUACCGUGAAAUGGUGGGAUAGUAUCCGGUAUCUAGAUCAGGAGCGAGGGGUAAAGCGUUGGAUCGGAGUUGGCCCAGGGAAAGUUGGUCGCAAUUUGGUCGGGAAAGAGGUAGGUAGGGUAAUGGCUAAAGGGGGUGGCGUCUGGGCUAUCUGCGAUGCUCGGGAUGUCGAGGAUAUUCUUGUGGCUCUGGAAGACACAGAACGUGAGAUGGUGCCUGAAUGAGCUUGGUCUUGAACCUAUUAGUGAUACCAUGUGCAUAGCUUGUCUUAGUAAAUAUUCUGCUACCGGUCAUCAUACAUCUUUGUUGGUGUUAUAUUGUAUAUCACUCAAAGUACUAGUCCAGCAGCCCUUUGCUGGUAGGCAAACUUUUAGUAUAAAGACCGUUAACAACCUAUACAUGCCCAUGCUACCGAUGAUGACAGAUUUAGAUGGUCACGCCGUGUCGUUGUAAUAUAUCACGACGUAUGCUCGCUUCGACGCGACACAUUAACUAGCAACAUAGGGCUUAUUGGGGUAUAAUACAUUCGAAAGCUAGGAGCAUAACGCUAAUUCUACUGCCCUAAGGACGAGAGGUGUAGGGACCAGGCAAUAGUUAAGAAGAUAAUACUGGGGUAUCCUCGUACAUCGCACCUUCGGUGCUCAGUACUCAGGGCGAGAGUCUUAUAGACUAGUAGCGCCGGGCGUCCAGGAACUUCCUAUUCGGUUGACCUCGGCGAUGAACUUCUGGUCCGUAAUAUGCGAUAACUUCGCAGCCUGUAGAGCCCCGUUGGUCAUGGUGGUAUGGCUAUCCGGGGAAUAAAAGGGAUUUUGCAGAAGUUGUAUAUAAGCAGUUUGGAGCGCUCGAAAGGCCUGCGAGAUGUUAGCAACCCUGGACUUUUCGAACGUGCAGGUCCAGAAGCAGACGGUGAGAAGAAUCUGGAAAGUAGUAUCAAAGUGCCAUGACUCUGGAGAACAUACAUGUUUUAGAUCUGAUUCCCUAAAGUUAGGCCGUGUAGCCCCCCGAGCGUCGUUGGCAUCCUGGUCACCGAUAAAGUCAACAACGAUGAUGAAUUUGAUACCAGUAGUUGUCAGCCAGCCAUAAGAUGCUAGCCGCUCAUCAACGGCAUGGAGUAGCCCAAGAUCCUGAUCGAUAGAGGUCUGCUUCUGGCGUAUUUCAAAUAUAUCAAGAGAGGAGUUCAAUAGAAACGAGAACUCAAUGGUCGCAUUCAGAUACGGCGGGAAAAGGGACAAAUGCAGCGGGUUGUCCUUUGAAGACGUCAGCUCUCAGCUCUGUGUGAGAUGCAAGGCAUUAUCCUACGCUCUUUCCGAUAACACCAAUACAGGCGAUUUUUGGUCCUGACAUUGUUACAUGAGAGGGUCUCUUCCUUUCAUGUACCUCUCUGCAGACAAGACACAGUGUCACGCCCGGACUUGAGAUGUUUAUUGUACUGAUACCAAGAAAGCAAGGCAAUAACAGUAGGAAGCUUGGAAUCUCUUUAUGUACGUGUUAGUGUUCUGCG